ACAGGCUCCUGGAAAGGAGCAGACACCAGCGUUUGCCACAAUGCUGUCAUCCACUGACUUUACAUCUGCUUCCUGGGAGCUUGUGGUCCGCGUUGACCAUCCCAAUGAAGAGCAGCAGAAAGACGUCACACUGAGAGUAUCUGGAGACCUUCAUGUCGGGGGAGUGAUGCUCAAGUUAGUAGAACAGAUCAACAUAUCCCAAGACUGGUCAGACUUUGCUCUUUGGUGGGAACAGAAGCAUUGCUGGCUUCUGAAAACCCACUGGACCCUGGACAAAUAUGGGGUCCAGGCAGAUGCAAAGCUGCUCUUCACCCCUCAGCAUAAAAUGCUGCGCCUUCGCCUGCCGAAUUUGAAGAUGGUGAGGUUGCGAGUCAGCUUCUCAGCUGUGGUUUUUAAAGCUGUCAGUGAUAUCUGCAAAAUCCUGAAUAUUAGAAGAUCAGAAGAGCUUUCCUUGUUAAAGCCUUCUGGUGACUAUUUUAAGAAGAAGAAGAAAAAAGAUAAAAAUAAUAAGGAACCCAUAAUUGAAGAUGUUCUAAACCUGGAGAGUUCUCCAACAGCUUCAGGUUCAUCAGUAAGUCCUGGUUUAUACAGUAAAACCAUGACUCCUAUAUACGACCCCAUCAAUGGAACACCAGUGUCAUCCACCAUGACUUGGUUCAGUGACAGCCCUUUGACGGAACAAAACUGCAGUAUCCUCGCAUUCAGCCAACCCCCCCAGUCUCCGGAAGCACUUGCGGAUAUGUACCAGCCUCGGUCUCUGGUUGAUAAAGCCAAGCUCAAUGCAGGUUGGCUAGACUCCUCGCGCUCCCUUAUGGAACAAGGCAUCCAAGAGGAUGAGCAGCUGCUGUUACGAUUUAAAUACUACUCUUUCUUCGACUUGAAUCCUAAAUAUGAUGCUGUCCGAAUAAACCAACUCUACGAACAAGCCAGGUGGGCCAUUCUCUUAGAGGAAAUUGAUUGCACAGAGGAAGAAAUGUUGAUCUUUGCAGCUCUACAGUACCACAUUAGCAAACUGUCGUUGUCCACUGAAACACAGGAUUUUACAAGCGAGUCCGAGGUUGACGAAAUAGAAGCAGCGCUUUCUAAUUUGGAAGUAACCCUAGAAGGUGGAAAAGCAGACAGCCUUUUGGAGGACAUUACUGAUAUCCCUAAACUUGCAGAUAAUCUCAAAUUAUUUAGGCCCAAGAAGUUACUACUAAAAGCUUUCAAACAAUACUGGUUUGUCUUUAAAGACACAUCCAUAGCCUACUUUAAAAAUAAGGAGCUUGAACAAGGAGAACCAGUAGAAAAACUAAAUCUUAGAGGCUGCGAAGUUGUGCCCGAUGUAAAUGUAGCAGGGAGAAAAUUUGGAAUCAAGUUACUAAUCCCUGUUGCCGAUGGUAUGAAUGAAAUGUAUUUGAGAUGUGACCAUGAGAAUCAAUACGCCCAAUGGAUGGCUGCCUGCAUGUUGGCAUCGAAGGGCAAAACCAUGGCAGACAGCUCCUACCAGCCAGAGGUCCUCAACAUCCUUUCCUUUCUGAGGAUGAAAAACAGGAACUCUGCAUCUCAGGUGGCUUCCGGUCUCGAAAACAUGGAUAUGAACCCAGAAUGUUUUGUGUCACCACGGUGUGCAAAAAAACACAAAUCUAAACAGCUGGCUGCCCGGAUCCUGGAGGCGCACCAGAACGUGGCCCAGAUGCCCCUGGUCGAAGCCAAGUUGCGGUUCAUCCAGGCGUGGCAGUCACUGCCUGAGUUCGGCCUCACCUACUACCUUGUCAGAUUUAAAGGAAGCAAAAAAGAUGACAUUCUGGGAGUUUCAUAUAACAGGUUGAUUAAAAUUGAUGCAGCCACCGGUAUUCCAGUGACAACAUGGAGAUUCACAAAUAUCAAACAGUGGAAUGUAAACUGGGAAACCCGUCAGGUGGUCAUCGAGUUUGACCAAAACGUCUUUACUGCAUUCACCUGCCUGAGUGCAGAUUGCAAGAUUGUGCAUGAGUACAUUGGCGGCUACAUUUUCUUGUCUACCCGCUCCAAGGACCAGAAUGAAACACUCGACGAGGACUUGUUCCACAAAUUGACCGGCGGUCAGGAUUGAAGCAAGCAUGCGUGCUCGGCUCACACCAACAGGGCAAGCCAAAGGCGCCCCUCCCCGGAGGGAUGGGAUCCAUAACUUGCCCAGCAUGUAGAUGCUGGACUAACAGACAACAUACGUUCACCACUGGUCACCCAGGUCCUCACCUCAUUCAGACCCACUGCUGGCACAUCCCUUUCCUUACUUUGCCCUGUGCUACCAGCCAUGGAAGGAGCCUCUCUUGUUUUUUCUAGAAAAUGGGUGAACAGGAGAAAAGGAGGUGCCCUAAGGUUGCUCUAAGGCCCAAUAUGUGGUUACAGUUCUGUGACUUGCAGAACCUGCCAGGUGGAUGGCUACAAGUAUCCUUGUCCUGAUCUGUCUCAUUACUAAGUCAGUGGAGAAGACAGAAAGGUAAAAAUCACGUGAAGAAAGAACAACUCUUAUUUCACAAACUCAGGUAUGAAACUAAAUGCCUGUCCUUCAUGAAACUGCUUUUAGCUCUUGUCUUUUCAAAAUGGCAAAGGGAGUUCCUACACACACUUUUUCCCUGGAGGCGAAGGUCUAGGGGUAGAAAGGGGAGGGGUGGGGCUGCCAGGUAGCAGUUGACGACCCAAGGUCAGAGCAGUGGCCCUCAGUGUCAUCUGUCCACAGUGAUACCUGCCAAGAUGACCACUGACCCACAUCUGGUCUUAGUCAUUGGUCUCCUCAGGUUUCUUGGGCCACCUGCAAUCCCCAUUCCAUUCCUACAGAUCUCUCAGCCACCUGUAAGUCCUUUGUGAAGACGUGGGUGACACAGGGGGACAGGAAAACCCAUUUCUCAACCCAGAUCCAUGUCUCAACUGCUUCUACUCUGGGUUGGGAUUCAGGAAGACAGGCACAGUCCUCUCUGUCCAUAGAAACACCUGUCAGCGUCAAGGAUUCCAGUCAGGUCUCUAUUCCAACUGGUCAGGGAGAGAAGGGCAGACCUAUUCUCAAAGACCACCAUGUCCAAGGUCUGAC